CACCCAGGGAGUCGAGCUCAUAUCUUACAGGACAGCGCUUCUUCCAGAACUGCCAGGGCUGUUGCCCAUGGCUCUUAGAAACCUAGCCCGAGGCUUAGAAAACAGUGACAGAGACCCCCUGAGGUCGGAGUAGAGCCAUGUGGGGCACCCAACGGCCCACAGGGGGCACCAGCCAGGGCCUCAGACCGGUAUCUUCUUAGAAGACCACAGGGAGAGCAGCUGGAGGAGCAAGGGUACCUGCCAUCACCAAGAGCCCCUCGCUUCGGAUGGGGAGCUAAGGUCCGAGACGCAUCCCGGGUUGCUCAGUGGGUCAGUGGCCAAACAGGGCCAUGGAAACGGCAGUGAUCGGAAUGGUGGCCGUGCUAUUCGUGGUCACCGUGGCCAUCACCUGCAUCCUCUGCUGUUUCAGCUGUGACUCAAGGACCCAGGAUUCUCAGGGGGGCCCACGCCCCAGCUUCACGGUGGCCACGUUUCGCCAGGAGGCUUCUCUCUCCACGGGGCCAGGUCACCGUGCCCAGCCAGUGGCGGGUGUCCGGGACUUCUGGACUUUCAUGUGAGACCUACCAGCCCCCAGGAAUUUGCUCUGCUGGUGAUCAGACUCAUCUACCCCCCAGCAAGCCUUCUCUGAUGACCCACUCCUCCAAGCCUGGCAUUCCUGUCCGUCCCUGCCUGUAUCCAGAAAAUUCCCUGUCCCAUCCCAUCCCAGUUUGCCAUGGCCUCCAGUCUGGGAGAUCCAUGGUGAUGGGACCAGGUGGGAGUCAGCUCUGACCCUUGAGAGCUCAGCUGGACUCAACCCACAGGACGGGGCUUAGGAGAGGUCCGGAGCUUGAGUGACCGGGCCGUGUUGGAUGGCAUGGCGGGCCAGCUCUUCUGAGCUUCACGGUGACUGAAAUAUCACUGGACUUUAUUGUGAACAGAGUGUUGGUUAACUCAAGUUAUCCCAGGAUGCCUAUGAAACUGGUUCUAUUGCCACCAGAGGAAGCAGUGCCCUCAGCGGACAGUUUUACAAACCACUUCUUAUCUGUUCCUCUAAUUGAGUCAUUUUGCUACUUGCCUGUGCACAUCCUGCUGAGCCCACCCGUGAGAUCUGCCUCCUACCCGUUACCUGAAAUCAGCCCUGAAAUUCUGAAACCAAAGGGCUGCUUCCUGGGAACUGGCGAUUUUUUUUUAUAAUUGAAAAUGCAUAUCCUUUUAUGGGUCUCCCAAGAAUCAGGGUUGGAGAAUCACAAAAGGAAACAGAAGAGAAAAAUAGAGUCUGAGAAAGUACAAGAUGUUUUAUUAACAGGAAAGCCAGAAAGAAGACUUUGAAACAUAUUUUGAAUGAGACUUUAUUACUAUAUUCUUAUAGGUCACUUCUAUUCUUAGAGACUGUAAGUGACUUGUGUCACUCAGGAAUGAUAGAAAAAUGAUAGAACUCUAAAUGACAGAACUGAAAGUUAAUUUCGAAUAAGUUAAAAUGUUAUGUUAUAUUGACAGUAUGUAACAAAGCUCUU